CAUAGCGCCUUUCUAGUUGCCGGUUUGUACUGUUCCGUAAUUUUUCUGCUGGCCGUUAGGUACAUCUAGAUCAUCUUGCUCUGUUUAAUACUCUGCAAAAUGGCUGCAUGUGACUCCACGUCCCCCCAGCAACUACUCCAGAAGCUGGUUCAGACAGCUCUUAGCAAGACGUUGGGAUCCUCCCAUUCAGUCCGUCUGGGAGAAGAUGCUGAGGAUAUAGCUAGGUUUCGUCAAAGGCUCCAGACCAGACUAUUCAAUGCACUCUUGGGAAAUCUCCCUGGACCACUGCAGCACAGCUGUUCAACCACACCCAAGGCCAGGAGAUGCUGUCCCAGGGAACAACUCAUUGUCAUCGUUUUCAAGCUGAGAGCGCAAAGGAGGUUUGACGAAGCACGGCAAAUGGAGCUGAUCCUAGAUCGUCUCUCAAAGUUGAGCGAGGAAGACAAUGACCAGAUGGAAUUCCUGGAGAGAGUAAUACAGUUUCUCCUGGCCCUAGCGGGAACCAAGCAGUCUUCUCACAAGUCUGCAGUUGGUCACCAGAAACACAAUCUACCUUCAGUUGGUUUGACAUCCCAAGAGGAUAUGGCUGCUUUACCUGGAGGAGACUGGUUUCAUGGUGAUGGCAAACAUGUUCUUAGAUGUGAUGAACAUCGGCCAUACAUCCACUAUUCAAGGGAACUUUUUGAAGGUCCAAGCAUUGGUCAGUUUGGUAAUGACAGUGGAAUAUCAGAGAUGUCCAGUCAUGAUAGUCUACUAGAUAACAAGAUAUUUGAAGCCGAGCCAGGCCAAGAUCUGCGUGGUAACAGACUGUUUGCAGUCAAGAGCCUCAUGGGUAAUGCAUAUGAGAGGAAACUGAGAGAAAGCCUUUUUGGUGGCCUUGUUCAUAGUCAUGUAAAACACAUUGAUGCUAAGCUAUCUCUACCAGAGCUACCAGACACAACCAACCCAGCCUUCCUGGGGAUCAAAAUACCUGCCUUCGCAGAGUCUGCCUUAUCAGAUGAUGAGGGAUACCAUGAAUCCAUUUCGGGUUCCAUAACCUCAGCCUUGUCAACACCGGAGAAAGAGAAUAUCUGGGAUGCAGCACUCCGCUACAAGCCUAACAGACAUAGAACAUGGGAGAAUAUUGGAAAUCUUCCAAGACCUACAGAAAGACCCUACCUAACUGAAGCAGGCCCUGGAGCUCUAGACCUGGUCUAUCAAUUGAGAUGCAAGGAAGCAGCCAUUAUCCAGCCUACCACUGAACCUGCACCAAUCAUCUUGAAAGACCAACAACGUUUGGUCCAACAUACCUGGAAUGUUUUGAUAGGAUUGCCUUCAGAUGUGUUCCUGUAUAACAAAGAGGCAAUGUCCUUCGGUGUCAACUCCCAGAUCUGCCUGACAGGGACCACAACCGAGAGCCUCCAGCAGCUCCUCUCCGAGCUGGCCCAGGCAGGCACCGACUACACCCGUCUGUGGCACACCUCUCAACAACCCAUCACCAACUCCACCUAUACCGGUGGUCUGGUGCUCCAGGCCUUCCUAGGGGCAGUCAGAAGGUACCUUCAGUACUACAAUGCUCAAGUGCUGCUUGCCCAGUCCCGAUUGGAAGGGGAUGCUACGGGUGAGAUGGUGAAGAGGAGAGUGACGGUGCUUGUUAUCAAGGCCAAGUUUAGUGGACUGUUGGCACAGUUGAGAUAUCUUGCCAGGUUAUGUGGUUGUGAUGGGAGGAAGGGUACCCAACCAGGGGGGCUCAGUGACCCCCUACCUAUCGGUAUCCAGCUCUUAUCCAUGCUCUACCAAGAAGCCCUAGACUGUACAGGCACAGAGAACUAUCGCCUCAUGCUGUCUCUCCUCAGGAGUGCAUGUGCUCCUUAUCUCAUGUUUAUUCAAGACUGGGUAUUUCAUGGAAUAUGCCGUGAUGCCUAUGGAGAAUUCAUGAUUCAAGCGAACCACACGUACCUCUUCUAUAGAGACAAGCACUACUGGACCCACGGAUAUGCCUUAUUGACUGGAGAGAAUAAGAGUGCUGUACCAUUGUUCCUUCAGGAGCUAUCUAGUGACAUGUAUGUCUGUGGGAAAACUAUCAAUCUUCUCAAGCAAUGUGCACCAGAGCACUUCAUCUGCAACCCAACAGUGGACCCACCCUGUGUAGGGCUAACCUUCUCUACAGAGGAACUGGACCAGGUGACAAGUAGGACCAAGACCUAUGUCAGGUACAUGGAGGUCUUAGCUGGUCAGCUUACCGUAUCCAGGAGAGAAAAGGAGACGAAAGAAGAAGAAGCAAGGAUUGAGCUGCUGGCAGCAGCCAGACGUACUGCAGCCGAGGAACAGCAAAAACAUAAUGAAAAAAUGAAGGACAAGCGUAAGGCUAUUGGUGCCAGAAAGAAAAAAGAACUGAAUGAGCUGAAAGAACAAAUGCAGAAAGAUUUGUUGAGGCGUGGUCAGGAGCUUGAAGAGGAAAGAGAAGAAGAUAGAGAAAGGAUGGAAGAGGUGGCAAGAAGACAGCUAGCUGUAGAAGAAGCUGAAAGUGAACUAGAAAAACAAGCAAGGGAGGAGGUGAUCCAAUUCUAUUCAGAACUGGCCAAAGAUGCCACAAUGAGGGAGCAGAGGGCUCUCUGGAGAAUACGAAGGAGACAACUGGAUCAGGAAAGAAUUGAGUUCUUACAGAAAGACAAAGAGGCUCUAAAACAGGAACUCCAGGCUCCACUAGCCCCAUCAUCAGUGGCAUUGGCUAGGAAGGAUGUUGGUGAAACCAAGGAGGCUGGAGAGUCUUCUGUGAGAUUUUCAGACCUCACAGACGAUGCGAAGACAACAGCAGCAACAGCAGGGGAAAGUGAGAUCAAGUCAACAGCAAUAUCCUCUGAUGAAACAGGAAUUGCGGAUGAACAGGAAACAGUUCCCGUCGCAGGAGAUGACACUAAGACAAAGAGUGCAAAUGAGAUAAAUGCUCCUGGUGAAGUAACAGAGGAUGCGGCUAAAGGAGAAACUGAAGUGCAAGAAGUUUCAAUGGACUUUGUGGACGAGUCAGAGCAACAAGAUGCUGACAUUGGCGAAGAUCGUGGUGAUGAAUUGGAUGUGGGGGGAGAAGAGAAUGAGGAGAUCGAACCAGUUCUUGCUCUGAUAAGAGGAGAUCAGAAUAGAGGAUCUGCUGAGGUGUCAUCUAAGGAGACCAGAGUGAAAAAGGCCAAAAAAGGAAUCUCUAUCAGAGAAUUUUUACCCAAAGACCAGAUUGAUGGAGAUGAUACUCUACAGGAAUCAGAUGAAGAACAAGCCAAAGAUACCGCAAUGGACGAUGUUCUGUUGGAGAUUGGUUCUUCCUUACCAAGUCAAGAUGCUGCUAUACAGGUAGAAAGAGCUGCCCAUGGUACGAUAGGAGGUGGUAGUAUUCUAGAUGAUAUCAUUGGUGAGGACAAGAGCCAAAGUGGUAGUGAUGAUGCUGAUGGAAGAAUUGUAGGAUUAGCACAUAGAGCACACGCACAGGGUCAUCCUUCUGCAACAUCAUUAGAUGAGGACAAUUCUAAUCUGGGACUUCAACGAAGACAUGACCAUGGGCAUGCCUCAGACUCUAUUCUUAAAGUUGGACGGGAUAGUGCGGGUGUCGCUGCUGCUGAGGAUGUGUCUGUGCCUGGUCUCCCUCAAAGGGCACAUCAGCAUGGUCAUGCCACAGACUCUACAAUCCAAAAUCUUGGAGAAAUUCAGGAGAGCCCAACAGAAGAGGCGGGUAGAUUAAUUGGGGUACCACAUAGGUCUCAAGUGCAUGGGCAUGUGUCAGCAUCAGUAAAAGAUCAGGAAGGUGAAUCCGAUGUGACGUAUGGUACAACUGAAAAGCUUCCACAGAGGUCACACAUACAUGGUCAUCCAUCACAGUCUUCCAUAGAAGGUGUAGGAGGUGCAGGAGGAGAGCCCUCUCAGCAUCCACCAGAAAGUGUCCAUGCCAGGAGUGUUCAUGGACAUGCCUCGGACUCUGCUCUAGGACAGCACAGUACUAUUGGACAGCUCGGUGUAGAUGACAACAAUAUUGUAGGACUUCCUCAAAGGCCACAUGUCCAUGGUCAUGCUUCAGAUUCAGCCAUGCAGGAUGUAAUAUCAGGUGCAGAAUCUGAAACGGUACUAUCUACUAGAAGUAGUCGAGCAUCUAUUGAGGGUGUGCGUACAUCCGAUUCAGGGUAUGACACCCAGCAAGCCCAAGGAAUGCCGUCCUCAUCCUCAUCCUCAGCUAGCACUGGCCUACCAGGGGUACCUCACAGACGUCCCCUAGCCCCUCAGAGAACAGAACCGGAGACCGAUCAAACAGCAGGAGCUCUUGCGGAUAUCCCACAUCGAUCUCAUGCCCAUGGACAUGCCACUGACUCGUCACUAGGGAGUGUCAUGUACCAGUCUGCAGGUGGUUCAGGUGGUGCAGGUCCGGAGACUGACCAAACAGCAGAAGCUCUUCAGGAUGUCCCACAUCGAUCUCAUGACCAUGGACAUGCCACUGACUCUUCACUGGGGCGUGUCAUGUACCCCUCUGCGGUUAGUCCAAGUGGUGCAGGAGAAGGGCGUCUAAGUGUCCAGAAGGAUGGGAGGGUGGUCUUCAGCAUCUUGAAACAUGGCCAUCCAUCUGACUCUUCAGCUCAGAAGCUAAUGUAUCCUCUGAAAGAAACUCUCCCUGAAAAUGAAGAAGAUACUGUUGAAGCCAUUGAGUUGCCUGUCACUGUAUGGGCAGACGAAGGCAGAGAAGUCACAGAGUUUGACUUCAAUAUGUUUGAGGGCCUGCCCAACUCUGACUUGCUUGGCAGAACUGGCUUUGAACCUCUGAAGUCCGAGAUCGGUGACUAUGGUGUACUUGCAUCACAGAGUGAAGAUAUCGAAGCUACAGAUCUUCUUCCUCUACCUAUCAUCAUCAAGAGAUCCAUCACUGCCCCUCUCAGAGCUCAAGUUUGGCUGGUGAACCAGAGCAUCUUAGAUUACUUCCUGGUCGACCUCCGUAUUGACAAGCACUUUACAGCUCUCAGAAGGUUUCUCUUCCUCCAAGAUGGGGAGUUUGGACAUUCUCUCUGUGAUCAGAUCUUUGAUAAACUGGCCCAAUGUGUCCAUCUCCAGGAGCUGCUAUCCCCUCUUACACUCAACCAGAUCUUAUCCAGAGCUAUCCAACUCUCUGCCAGCUCAGACUCUCAGCAAGCUGAUAAUCUCAGCUUCGCUCUCAAAUGGCAUCCAUCAGUUUUCAAGCCAAAUGCUAUUGAUACUUUGGACUGCCUUGAGCUAAGAUAUCAUGUUGAGUGGCCCAGCAACAUAGUGAUUACAGACACAUGCUUGUCCAAAUACAACAAGGUCUUCUCAUUCCUGCUCCAGCUCAAACGAACGGGUUGGGUUCUUAGAGAUAUCCAUCACCAACUAAAGAUCAGUGCAAUGUUUCAUCAAGCCAGUGGAUCACAACAGUAUCACCAACUGCAGAUUUUCAGGCACGAGAUGCAGCAUUUUGUGAACGUGAUGCAAGGCUAUGUGGUCAACCAAGUCAUUCAUGUCAGCUGGGAGGAGUUCCAAAAAGACCUCAAAGGAAAUGUGCAUAACCUUGAUGAUAUCCGAGAGAAACAUGGACUCUACCUCAACAAAGCUAUUCUCAGAUGCCUUCUUAAUAAGAAAGCCGCUCCAGUGAUGAAGAUUAUCUGUGAUAUCCUAAGCCUAGUCUUGAAGGUUCGUACCCAGCUCACAUCGGCUCCAUGGGCCUGGGAUGCCUCCUCUGGUCAGGUCAUUCACCCCUGCUUCAGGAACAUCAAGAAGUCUUACAUGGCAUUCAAGGAGUACUCUGGAUUCCUAUACAAAGUUGUCGCCAAGCUGGUAACCCGUGGCUACCAACCUCAUCUGGAAGAAUUCAUGCUGAGACUCAACUUCAAUGACUACUACCAAGAACACAAGUCAUGAGAAGAUGGGAGUUGUAUCAAAUCAGUCUUCCAUCCCCACUCUCUAUGUCUUCUGUUUGCAUUUCUCUGUCUACUUCUCAAUUUUGUGUCUAUCUCUUCUCCCACCAUCCCCUCUGUCUUUCUCCUAGCCCCCUUGUUCUGAUUCCAGCUUAGUCAACCUCCUCUUCUCUCUGUCUUUCUACAUCUUUCUUUUAAAUGAAAAUGGUGGGGUUAAUAUGAUGGUCUCUAAGCCAGGGAGGAGAUGAAUCUGAAUUGGACUAUGAGAUCAUGCAUGACUCUCAAUCAUGUUUCUAUGUACAGGCCAUGAUUUCUUCUCUAAAAACAUUGAAGUAAGAAUUACCUAUAAUUACAAAAACCCAAGAUUAUAUUGCAUAUACAAUCGUGCGAAUGACUUUUUAACGACUUUUCCCAAAAGGUAACUUGCUUUAAUGUUUGUUUUCACUUCUCAUUGUAAGUGAAUGUGUGUACCCAUUCAGAAAGGAAGAAGAUUCUGAAGUGUUUUGUAUGACAUAAUAACGUUUACAUCUUUGUGAUUGAUUCUAUAUUGAUGUAUGAUUUCCAAAUAGGACAAUGGAUUUCCCUUCUGAAAUUCAUAACGACAAAUAAAUAAAAUAAUAAAUUGAUUAAUAAACAACUGUAUUUGAGAUUUAAAUGAAUUUGUCAAUGCAAGUAUUAAGAGGUACUAUUUAGUACUAUGACAUUGUUAUGAAAAUAAUUAGAUCAGUUAUUAAUCUGACUGAGAAUAAAAGAAAAUCAUCUCUAAUACUAAAAGGCAAGUAUUUUAGUUGGCAUAACUAGAGAAAUAAUUUCAAAGGAAUCCCUUCCAUUAUUACAACCCAUAUUAUCUUGCUUCUCAUCACCUUCUAGGCUGAUUGUCAACAUGUAUGUUUUGACAAAUUGAAUAGCACUUUUUUUUUGGACGUUAAAAUACUACAAAAAUUGAUUGUUUAACGACAGUUUAUUGCUCUUUUGUUUGUUUGUUUGCUUUAUUUUUUGUAAUCUUCUUGAAGAUUCUUGCCCUUUUGAAUGUGUAAUGUACUCUACUAGUAAGUGAGUUUAACUAAUAUCUCAAAAGUUGACUUUUCAGUUCAUAACUGUAUCAAAUGGGCUGUACUUGUGAAGUAAUUUUGAAGAAAAAAAUUACUAAACUCUUAUUUGCUUUUUGUAUGACUUAUUUAUUGUUUGAAAUUCUGUUCAUAUAUUUUCUGGAUUUAUACUUGCUUUAUCACAAACUGUUUUGCUGUACUGUAUUUACGUGUAUGUAAAUAACGUUUUGUAAAUUUAUAACAUGGAUGUGUAAAAAUGUUUGUGUAUAUUUGACAGAUUUCUUGAAAAUUAAAAUGUUCAAUAAGAGGGCAUUUCUAUAAAA